AUGAGCUCCAAGACCCAAUCCGUCUACUACCAGCGGAGCGACCUGGACCACAAGCACCAGGUCGAUCUGCCCUUCGAGAUCCCCGUCGGCCGUGUCAAGAAGUCGAGGCUGCGGGUCAAGAUCGAGAACUGGCUGGUCAACACAGGCCCCACCCAGAUCUGGCUCGUCGCCUGGGUCCUUGCCCAGAUUGCAUACUUUGCCGUCUCGUACUAUCAGUUGUGGACCUCGCCCACCGUCGCCACCUUCCGAAGCAUCCUUGGCCACGGCCUCCCCAUCGCCCGUGGCGCAGCCAACAUCAUCAACUUCAACUGUGCCCUGAUCCUGCUCACCGUCUGCCGCAAUGCCAUCACCCGUCUGCGAGCAACCUUCCUGGGCAAGAUUGUGCCCUUUGACCACAACAUCGACUCGCACAUCUACAUUGCCUGGUCGAUCGUGCUUUGGUCGUAUGUCCACUGCGUCGGCCAUUACUUCAACUACCUCAAUGUCAACAAGGUCCUGCAGCAGUAUGCCACUCCGGAGGCCCUCACCCUCUUGAGCGGGCCUGGUCUCACCGGCCAGAUCAUCACCGUUGCGUUGUUUCUGAUGGUGACCUCGGCCAUGGAGACCAUCCGCCGAAAGGCCUUUGAGCUGUUCUGGUUCACGCACCAUCUCUUUGUCGUCUUCUUUGGCGGAACCCUGGUCCACGGCGCGUUCUGCUUCAUCAAGGGCGACAUUGGUGAUCCCUGCCGUGGCGGCCCUACCUUCUGGAAGUGGUGGAUCGGCCCAGCGGCCCUGUAUCUGCUGGAACGCAUCAUCCGCGAGUGGCGCGGACGACGCCUGACCCAGAUCAGCAAGGUCAUCCAGCAUCCCUCCAAGGUUGUGGAGCUGCAGAUCAAGAAACCCUCCUGCAAGACUCGUGCCGGCCAGUAUAUCUUCUUGAACUGCCCCGAGGUCGCGUACUAUGAGUGGCACCCCUUCACCCUCACCUCCUCUCCGCACGAGGACUUUGUCUCGGUGCACAUCCGCGUGGUCGGCGACUGGACCACGGCAUUUGCCCAGCGUCUCGGAUGCCAGUUCGACAAGAAGUCUGGCACCGUCGUCACGGCGCCCACCACCCUGCCUGUGGUCAUGAUCGACGGGCCCUUUGGAACUGCCUCCGAGGAUGUCUUCAAUUACGAUGUGUCGGUGCUGGUCGGUGCUGGCAUUGGUGUCACGCCGUUCGCAUCGAUCCUGAAGACAAUCUGGUACCGCCUCAACCACUCCAGCGUCAAGAAGCUCAAAAAGGUCCACUUUAUUUGGAUCUGCCGCGACAAAGAUGCAUUUGAGUGGUUCACAGACCUUCUCAGCACCCUCGAGGAGGAGUAUCUCGAGUUCUUGGAGAUUCAGACCUAUCUGACGGCCAGCCUGAAGCCCGAGGAGAUGACCAACCUGAUGAUCAAUACCAACAAGGACGCCGACGGCCUCACCGGUCUGCGUUCAAAGACCUUCUAUGGUCGGCCCAACCUCGACCAGCUCUUCAAGAACUUCAAGAUCAAGCAUCCCUCCACCGACAUUGGCGUCUUCUUCUGCGGCCCGCCCGUGCUCUCGGACCAGCUGCACAAGAUGUGCGACAAGUGGACCGACGCCGAGUUUGGCACCCGUUUCUACUACGGAAAGGAGAACUUUUAG